UCGCGCGCGGCCGGAAGGAGCGGGCGGUCGCCGAGCCGUUGUUCCGCCGCGGGGCCUGGCGAGCGGAGCGGGCGGGGCGGAGCGGGCCCCGCGCGGGCGGAAGGAGCGGCCAUGGUGAGCAGGACGGCGGGCGAGCCGCUGGGCAGGACGGACGAAGAGGUGGCUUGGGCGGAGGCGCUGCGCGGGGCCUGCGAGCCCGAGCACCACUGGCGGUACCGGCGCGAGUUCCUGCUGCGCAAUGUGGGCGAGCCGCCCGCGGCCGGCAGCGCCCAACUGCGGCGCCUCGUCUCCCUGUCCAUGGUGUGGGCCAACCACGUCUUCCUGGGCUGCCGGUACCCGCCUCAGGUCACGGAGAAGGCGCUGGAAAUGGCCGAAGGCAUCCAAGUGACCGGCGCGCCCGUCCACACCACGAGAGACGAACUGGUUGCCAAGGUGAAGAAAAGAGGCAUAUCAAGUAGCAAUGAAGGGGUAGAGGAGCCCGCCAAGAAGCGAGCUGUUGAGAAAUGCAAAGAAUCUAAGGACACUGGACAAGAUGUGAAAACAACCAAGGCUGAAGUCCCUAUGGAAACAGAGAGCCCGUUGCCCAAAAAGCAGGAUAAAGAUACGAGCAAAGAUUCGGAAAGCUCCCUGUCAACUUGCAGUUCAAAUCAAGAAGCACUCACCACAUCCAUUGCAAAAGCAGAAGAAAAGCCUACUACUAAUGCUGAACAUACUGUUGAGCAAAGCCCAGCACCAUCUUCAUCAGAAAAAGAAGCAGGAGAGAUUCCAUCUAAGGAAGGCAAGUGUGAAAAUGUGCCAUCACCUGAAAAAGCUACGUUAAGUUCAGGGUCACCGACUGCUGCCCCACAGGCGGUAGCGGUGCCAUCGGCUGCCAGCACUAGCGCCCUGCAGGCACCGGCAGUGCCGCCAGCUGCCACCAACAGCACCCCUCAGGCAGCAGUGCCACCAGCUGCCACCACUAGUGCCCCGCAGGCAGCAGAGGUACCAACAGCUGCCGCCAACAGCGCCCCACUGGUGGCAGAGGUGGCACCAGCUGCCACAAACAACGCCUCGCAGGCAGCAACGGUGCCAGUGACCCCUACCAAGAGCACCCCGCAGGCGGCAUCAGUGCCGCCAGCUGCUGCCAAGAGCACCCUGCAGGCAGCAUCGGUGCCGGUGACUGCUACCAAGAGCACAGCACAAACAAGUGCUGCAUUGCUGUCUUCCAAAACCCAAGUGAGUGGUCUACCAUCCGUGUCCAAGAGCGGCGCUCAGGCGGGCCCCUCUCUGCUGCUGGCCGCCAAGGGCAGCGCUCAGGCAGGCACAUCACUGCUGCUAGCGCCCAAGAGCGGCACCCAGGUGGGAGCCUCGCUGCUGCUGGCUUCUAAGGGCACUGCCAAAGCGGGUUCCUCGCUCCUGGCCUCCAAGAGCAGUGCGGAGGUGGCUGCCUCAUUGCUGGCUGCACGGAGCGGCACGCAGCAGGGUGCCUCGCUGCUCACCUCCAAGAGCAGCGCUCAGGCGGCAGCAUCUCUGCUGGCCGCUCGCAGUGGUGCACAGCAAGGCCCCUCCCGCAUCGGGGCUCAGGCUGCCAAGAGUACACAACUUGCUUCCAAGAGUGGUUCGCAGGCCAGCGAAGGCCCUGCUAAAGCUUUGUGCAAACCGUUAACCAGUGAAGAUGCAAAGGAAAGACAGCCUUUUUUCAACAGACUGUAUAAGGCCGUAGCGUGGAAACUGGUUGCUGUGGGAGGCUUUAGUCCUAAUGUAAAUCACGCGGAACUUCUUAACUCGUCUAUCCAAUCUGUCAAAGCUACGUUAGAUGUCGCUUUCGUUCCCCUGAAGGAACUUGCAGACUUACCUCAAAAUAAGAGCUCUCUGGAAAAUAUAGUUUGUGAACUGAGGUGCAAGUCUGUGUAUUUGGGUACUGGCUGUGGUAAAAACAUGGAAAACGCCAAAGCAGUUGCUUCAAGAGAAGCUUUGAAAUUGUUCCUCAAGAAGAAAGUUAUUGUGAAGAUAUGUAAAAGGAAAUACAAAGGUAGUGAAAUUGAAGAUUUGGUACUUUUGGAUGAAGAAUCAAAACCCUCCAAUUUACCUCCAGCUUUAUUAAAUCCUCGGGAGAUCAUCUAGGAGGAGAAUCGCUGUUUGUACUGUGUAUAGUAUUUCGACACGAGGACUGAAGGUUAAUUUUGUACUUUACAAACGUAGGCUUCCAGAUAAUUUUGUAUUUCUUUCUCAGUUUUGCAAGACAACUCGAUCCCUUUCACUUGGUAGCAAUCGUAUGAAACUUGUUAGAGAUGACAAGUGUGGAUUUAAAGGUAUGCCUUAAUACAUGGCACACUAGUGUGCUCUUUUAUUUGCAAAAUAGUCUACCUACUUCUUCUAUUUUUAAUUAACCGGUUAAGGUACAACUCGCUGUUUCAAACCUGAUGAUUUUGUAAUUCCUAUGAUACGGUGGCAGUGUGCUGAGUUGUCUGCCAUGACUUUUUUUAGCCACGUAGGAGUGUGUCUGUAGGGACCAUAAUACUUGAAUGAUUGAGAGUCGUUUAGAAACUUCAGUUGAGAAGUUGAGUCAUCCAUUUCAGAUGUAUCGUUCAUAGUGUUCACUGUUGCUAUUAUUAGGAGAGAAACGAGUCGGUUGACUAUUUCUAUGAGACCUUGUAAAAUUUGCAAUAGAAAUGACACCCUGAUCUGAUUUAAUGUUACACUAGCAGUGUAGAUCCCAUUUAACAUUAUAUUAGCAAAUAACCAAUUAGCGGGCGAGUCACAGCUACUUCAGCCACUAAAACUCUGUAAGUAGACCUAAUUUAUAUUGUGAAAAAAAAUCCUUUGCAGUUUUUUCAAAUAAACAUGGAUUUCUAUACUAAGUAUAUUUGACUGCUACUGAACCAAUAAAAUCUCUGGGAUGUGCGUUUGUAGUA